AUAAAUGUGUUAUUCUUUAUUUGACCUUGGGACAUGUUUUAAAACCCAAUUUAAUGCAAAUGUCACUAAAUAUGAGUCAUUGUUAAUGUUUAGACAAUAAUUUAAAUACAGGUUAUUGACACUUUUCUACUACGUGGGGGACUUUUAUUUUGAAAAUUUGCGAGACUGUGACGCCUAUAUUUUCCUGCGUUCCUCUCGUCUUGUCUAGCUGACAACAAUGGGCGAUAGUGAGCAGGUAGAGUGGAAGUUUAUGAAAUUAUACCUUACCGAUAUUGUAAAAACUAUUUCGGAUAUAUCUGGAACACGGAGGUCGAAAGGAAAACCCGUUGCCUAUCAUGAAGAACAACAGCCGGAGGUGGCCAAUUCUCAAAGCUCUGAGAGUCAGCUGAGAACUCCCCAGAGAAACUUCCUGAGGCAAAGUCCCAGGACGCAUUCUAAUGUCCUAAAAGGAGAAGUGAGGGGCAUUUCUCCCGUGUCUGGUUCUGGGGAGGAGAGCGACAAGGAGGCCUCCCCACCAAAAAGGAGGACCAGAAUAAGCAGCUCCAAAAAGACAAGAACAAAGUCUCACUCAAAGGAUUAUGGUGAAUGUUCUGGGUCUGAGCCUGACGAGCAGCCAGAAGAGAGCACAAAAAGAAAAAGUAAGCAUAGCAACUCAAAAAAGAAAAGGUCCAAUAUUAGCUGCAAGGAGGAGGAUAAUGACAAUUUGUCAGAUGAACAAACUGUGGUGGCUUCCUCCAGAAAAGGGAGGAGGAAACGUAGUGACUUCAAUGUAUUUGAAGCAGAGACUGAAAAAUAUAAUACUGCGCCUGAGGUGGAGGAAGUUGUGGAGGAGGAGACUGAAGUGGCCUCUGCUUCUAAGAGGAGGAAACAGCACACCCCUCAAAAAAUAACUAAGCCUUGUGCAGAGGACAAAGCUAAACGUGACCAUUAUGAGUUGGUAGAACAGACUGAAGAAACUCCCCCUAGAAAAAAACGUAGCAAGUCUAAAAAGGUAAGAGCCAGGACUACCUCUGAAAACGUGGUGGAAGUUGAAAGCGACCACUUCAAGAUGGAAAAACACGCUGCAGCUAAAGAGACUACCCUCAGAAAAAGACAGAGGAGGUCUAAGAUAUCUAAAAAGAAGCGAUCCAAGAGUCCUCCCAAGGAGGCCAGCGAAUCAGGCAAACAUGUUUCCAAGACUCGGCCUAAGGACUUGCAUGAAGAAGAGCGUGACCAAGAUGCCAAGACUCAGUCUAAGGACCUAAGUGAGGAGAGUGACCAAGACUUCCAGACGGAGCCUAAAGACUUAAGUGAAGAGGAGUGGCACCGUUCUGACCAUUCAGAGGAGGAGACGGAACAGGAGGUGUUACCUGCAAAGAGAAAAAGAGGACCCAAGAGCAAGAAGACAGUGAAGUCAGAUUCUGAAAACGUCACUGUUAAAAAGAAAGGCAAAAAGCAAGGUGCCACGGGUUUGAAGGCACCAAGAAUAAGAUUCAGACCACCUAUAGAGAAAAGGAUAAGGGUGAAAACACUUAAUAUUUGCAGUUUCUGUGAAAAGGUUCUGCCAAACAGGGCUGCGCUGAGUAGGCACCUUCAGCGUCACACAGGGGAGAAGCCUUACCACUGUGAAGAGUGUGGCAAAGACUACGGCAGCAAAACCACCCUGAAGAUUCACAACAUGCAGGUUCACCACAAGGGGACAAAGGACUUCAUAUGCAAUGAGUGUGACCAACAGUUUACCCACCUCACAUACCUCAAACGCCACAUGUACUCCCACACGGACAAGGAAAAGAGGCCACACCUGUGCAAUGUCUGUGGGAAGCAUUUUAUCCAGAAGUCACACCUGGACCGCCACAAGAUGAUUCACACCGGAGAGAAACCAUUCAGCUGUGAACACUGCACCAUGGCCUUCAAUCGGCCGGAGUACCUGCGGAUGCAUCUGAAGCUACAUGUGUCGGGUAAUGAGGGGCCAAAUAUGGCAGAGCAAGAGAAGACAAUGUGCACAGAGUGCAAUAAGAGUUUUGUCAACCCAAAGUACCUCAAAAUCCACAUGAGAAUGCACACUGGGGAGAGGCCAUACAAGUGUGAGUACUGUGCUAAGAGCUUCACCCAGACCAGUAUUCUCAACGCACACCGACGCACGCACACUGGAGAGAAGCCACACAAGUGUAAGGUGUGUGGUAGCUGCUUCACCCGUCGCAGGUACCUGGAUGAUCACAUAGGCAGAAAGCAUGGGUCUUUAGAGCAAAUGAAUGAACAGGAGGAUGAACAAUGAGAACUGCAUUAGUCUUUAGGUGUUUUGUGGUAAUGUAUGUCACUUUUAAUAUUACAGUGGGGUCCACAAUUAUUAGAUGCCUUGAUAAAGAUGAGCAAAAAAUACUGUAUAAAAUAAAUAAUACAGAGCUAUAUUGUCUGCUCAAUGUUUUUAUUUAUUUUAGGGAUGGAUCUAAUUUUACAUAAUGGGUACCUGGAGGAAAAUGGAGUUGAGUCAUGCUUUUUCAAUUUCAGUCGAGAGGAGGGUUUAGGUUGUUCAGUCAU